UCUGGUGCAGGUUGUGCUCAUUCUCUUCCUUAACUUUCUUUUUCCCACACACACCAGUAAAAAUGGCAGUGUACUGUCCAUAUUGUCGAAAUGAAUUGGCCGGACAUGUUGGACGUCUUUGUAACUCCUGUCACGGCGACAUUGGCUUUUUGGCACCUGUUCUAUAUGGCAGAGGAACAGUAUCAGGUGACAUGACAGAGGCAGCCCUCUUCCAUCAAUAUUUCGCAGAGCGCCACAGAACUGAGGAUGCUGCACAACUGGAACUUGGUGACCUGAUAGAAAUCUUCCGUGAUGGCUAUCAGCACUGGGCUGUGUACGUUGGUGAUGGGUACAUUGUUGAAUUGGUUGCCAUCGGAACAGGCAGUGUUGGGGUUUCAUCAACUAUAUCAGGAACUUUGGUGAGGGGCCAAGUGAGGAAAGAAAAACUCCAAGUUGUGGUUGAAAAAGACAAAUGGGAAAAAAAUAACACAAAACAUCUGAGCAGCGACAACAAGUUGAGACCCAGGCAAAAGCAUGAAAUUGUGAAAGAAGCCCUUUCACGUGUGGGAAUGACUGAGUACAGUGUUUCCAAGUGGAACUGUGAGCACUUUGCCACCUUGUGCCGUUAUGGAAAAGCCGUGUCUCUUCAGGUGAUGAAGGCUGUAAAUACUGUUGCUGCAGCCGGAAUUUCUGGUUUUCUGGGUUCCUUGGCUUCAGGAACCAUGUUCUCAGCUGUCCCAGGAUCCUACUCCUCCUGAAUAUAUUCCUCAGUACUCACUGGAUUACUGAUAUUAUUUCAGUUAAACUGCAUGUUAUCUAUCAUAAUCUGGUUCCAUGCUGCUUCCUCUUGCAUUCCCAUUUAUUACUUUUACCGUUCUCCACCAGUCCACCAGAUGCCCUCUGACCUUUAUGACUGAGUGGGAAUUCAGAUAAUCACUUGUAUACUUAUAUUCAUAUUAUAUUCAUGUAUGGUCCGAUGUAAGUUUGUUAAUUUUGAGGAGGAUUGUGCUAACUAGGUUUUGGUGUCUCAUCUCAUCUCCCUACCUGAACUGCAUUUCCUCAUUAGUUCAGUCAGUAUUUAGUCCUGUAUUCUGUCUCAUUGGAUCAGUUAUUCUGGAGGGUUUUGCCUGCUUGCACUUCUGUAUCCUGUUCCUGAGUUUUAAAUAAAGUUAUA